UUCCAGGUGAGGAAACUGAGGCCCAGAGAGUGACUUGAUCAGGGUCAUCUCCAACAUGCAGAGCCCUGCCAUCAUAUCUCUGUUGCUUGUGUCCAUGGGCCUCAUGGAAGAACUCCAGGCCCAGAGCCACCCCGUCAUACGACGAGACCUCCUCUCUCGAGAAAUGCCCCUAGACAUGGCCCUGGCCUCCUUUGAUGACCAGUAUGCUGGCUGUGCCGCAGCCAUGGCGGCUGCUCUCCCGGAUCUCAACCGCACAGAGUUUCAGGCCAACAAAGUGUACGCUGAUGGCUGGGUGCAGGCAAGCAGCCAGUGGCGGGAGCGCCAGGCCUGGGGGCCCGAGUGGGGCGUCAGCCCUACCCGUCUGCUCCCCCCCCUGGGCUUCCGAGAAGAGCAUGGGGUGGCCCUCCUGGCUUACACGGCCAACAGCCCCUUGCACAAAGAAUUCAACGCAGCCGUGCGUGAGGCGGGUCGCUCCCGGGCCCACUACCUCCAGCACUUUUCCUUUAAGACACUUCACUUCCUGCUGACCGAAGCCCUGCAGCUGCUGAGCAGCAGCCAGCGUCCACCCCAGUGCCACCAGGUGUUCCGAGGGGUGCAGGGCCUGCGCUUCCGGCCAGCGGGGCCUGGGGCCACUGUCAGGCUGGGGGGCUUUGCCUCUGCGUCCCUGCAGAAUGCUGCGGCCCAGCACUUUGGGGAAGACACUUUCUUUGGCAUCUGGACCUGCCUUGGGGCCCCCAUCAAGGGCUACUCCUUCUUUCCUGGGGAGGAGGAGGUGCUGAUCCCUCCCUUCGAGACCUUCCAGGUGAUCAACGCCAGCAGGCCGGCCCAGGGCCCCUCUCGUAUCUACCUCCGGGCCGUGGGCAAGCGCAGCACAUAUAACUGCGAGUACAUCAAAGACAAACAGUGCAAGUCUGAGCGCUGCCGUCUGGAUAGCUCAGCCAUGGGUCAGAGGCCCAUUCCUGCAGUCUGGUCCCUUCUACUGCUGCUCUGGUUCCUCGUUGGGGAGGUCUUUCCAGAGAGUCCGGGCCUCCUCUAA